AUGUUUCUUUGGCAAUGGUGCCUUCUGAUCUUCCAGGUUAACUGCGGGAAGUCGCGCGGAAAUCGGAGGAAACAAAAAGAAGAAAAGACCGAAAGAGUCAAGAUUCUCGCCUCGCUGCCGGAAGAUGAUAAGUAUUUAUUCAGCCAAAACCACGUUCGUCCUGCGAUCAACUACGCGCUGCAGACAAUCAAAGACGAGCAAAACUUUCUGUCAAAUUUCGAGUUUGACGUUGAGUACAUCGACUCGGGAUGCAACCGGGAAGCGAUGCUGACCACCGCCGAUACCUUUUACAAAAACAAGCAAAAUGGAACAGAAGUCGAUCUGAUUCUCGGUCCAGUUUGCUCACACGCUGCGGAUGGAGUCAACGACUUUUCCAAGUUUUGGAACAAAGCAAUGAUCACGUCUGGUGCGAUGGCGAUGGCGUUUACUGAUGUCUACCAGCCGACGCUGACUCGGAUCACUGCGCCUUUCACGGAGAUCGGCGAGUUUUUCAAAAGCCUCUUCGUCCAGCUCGACUACUGGAAGCACACCAUUCAUCUCCUCUACCAUUCGCCCGAAGAUUUGACCAAAGACUGCUAUUUCGCCAUGGAAGCAAUUCAAUACACCCUACAGAUGAAUACAGGCACUCGUUUUCGCGUCCUCAACACAGUCGUCCAGUAUCCAAUGUGCUGCAUCAACUACAACGAAGUGCUUGAUCAGAUGAAAGAUCCAAGAGUAGUGGUCACCUGCGGAAGCGAAGAUUUCGUGAGAAACAUGAUGAUUGCUGCGAAACGACGAGGAAUGACUGAACCAGAGCAAAAUGUCUGGUACACUGUUGAUCUCUUCAAUGCUUCGUAUUUCGGCCAUGGAUCGUGGAAACGAAAUGACGACAAAGACGAAGAAGCAAGAGAUGCUUAUAAAGCCCUUCAAGUAGUCACACUGCGGACCAACAUUCGAAACGCGAGGAGAACAAUCAAGGGCAACGAGGAAUACGUUCCUUACCAAUCUUCGGCUUCGCAUGUGGCACCUAGACAAGGACAAUUCGAACACUUUUCCCAGACCAUGGCGGAGGACUACCGGAAAAUGGGGAUUCUGGAAGACGAGGAAGAAUUUAGAGUCAAUUCUUUCGUCGAGGGAUUUCACGAUGCGCUCAUUUUAUACGCAAUGGCGAUUGACGCCUCCCUCGGCGACGGAACUGACUGGCGCGAUGGUACCCAAAUCUCCGCGCAAAUGCGAGCCCGGCAGAUGAACGGGAUCGCCUCGCAAGUAAAAAUCGACGAACACGGAAAUCGCUUUGGCGACUACAGUCUCCUCGCCAUGGAUCGCGAACCUUCAGGCAAUAAAUAUAAAUUCAAGACAAUUUACACCUUCCUACGAUCGAAAGGCAUUGGAACGUCGGAGACUCCGGUGAUGCCUCGAAUCUACGUUCCCGAAGUGCCCGUUUGGGACGUCCCGAUCGACAUCGGACAAGAUCAUCAAAUCGCGUCAACUUCCUCCUCUCUCGACGCACUGGCAGCGAGAGAAAAGAGUAACAGGUGGUUGAUGUACGCGGGGGGCUUGUUGCUGGCUGCGGUCGUUCUUUCUGGCUUCAUUCUAGUCGCGGUUCUUCUUUGCAAGCGAAUGAAACUACCAGCGUCAAAAGCAAUUCCGCCACCGCUACGACAGCACCCAACGUUACAACGAACUCAUGCGCCUCUUCACAAAGAGCUCAGUACUUACUCUACAAACUCCGUGGGAGCCGUCUCAUACGCAGCUCCAAUGUCAGCUGCUGGACGCAGUGGCGGUCGCCGGUCCUCACUCUCGACUACUGGUCACAUGGCUCUAGAACGCACAGUAACGCAAGUCACUUACUGUCCAGAUGAGUUUGAGCGGCGCCACUCGCGGGACAACUUGGAGGAGGCCCAAAGUCAUUACGAAAAUGCUUGA